AUGGAUGCAUACGAUUUCGUUGUCGUUGGUGCUGGUGCAUCUGGCGCCGUUGUUGCUUCACGUCUAGCCAAAUCAUCGUCGAGGCCAUCCGUUCUUCUUCUCGAAGCCGGUGGAUCCAAUGAUAGUAUUCAACAUCUGCCUGCUACAGAGAGAUUCAAUGUAGCCUUCAGUCCGGACUCCCCACUGAAUUGGAACUACAAGACUGUGCUUCAGACUCAGUUGAACGGACAAGAAAUUGACUAUUCUCGAGGUAAAGGUCUUGGAGGCAGUACCGCAAUCAACUUCUGCGGAUGGGUUGUUGGGCCAAGAGAUGACUAUGAUGAAUGGGCGGAGUUGGUGGAAGACAAAAGCUUCUGUUGGCAGAAUGCAAAAAGUUGCCUUGGCAGAAUCGGGCAUCUUCACUCUGAGAUCCCGCAACCAAAACUUAGCAAAUAUGUUUGCGCAAGACCAGAAGACCACAGCACGGCUGGACCAUUACAUCUGACCUAUGGCGACUCUUGGGUUUCCGAUCUUGAAGACAUAUUCAUGGCUGCUGAGCAAGCAGGGUUGAAGUCUAAUUCUGACGUAAAUUCUGGCAAUCCAAUUGGGAUGGGAAUGGGAAGUGUCUGCAUCUACAAAGGACAGAGGUUGACUUCCUCGAUUGCAUACCUGUCAGAUCCCCCAAUGAAUCUGAGAAUUCUGUCUGAUGCCGGAGUUGCUUCUGUUCUGCUUGACGGCAAGAGAGCCGUAGGUGUAGAGACUCUAGACAGCCGCAGAUUUUAUGCCAGAAGAGAAGUGAUUUUGUCUGCUGGCGCUCUGAACACACCGCAGAUACUUAUGCUCUCUGGUAUUGGACCACGAGAAGAAUUGGAGAAGCACGGAAUCAAGCUACAGCAUGAUCUGCCUCAAUUAGGUAGGAACCUACAGGACCACUGUUUUUCUUCCGUCGGUAUUGUGAUGGAAGAAGAUGGAAGAUCCCCGCAUGAAGGGAAAAAACAGAGCCCUACGCCAAUGGGUUGGGCGAAGCUCGAUUCUGUUUUUGCAUCGAAGGAGUAUAAGGCACUGCCUCGACAGCAGCAAGACUUCUUGCCAGCACCUACAGUGCCCAGUAUGGAAAUAGCAACACAUAUUCCUCCGACGUUUUUGAACCAUACUAUUUCACCUGGGACUACCUUCCUUGGUGCAAUGUGUUUGGUCAUGAACCCACAGAGUCGCGGGACCGUAACACUACAGUCACCAGACCCGAAGAAAGCACCAUUGAUUGAUCCAAGAUUCAUGACACACGAGUAUGAUCGCAGAGUAAUGAUAGAAGGAGUGCGGCAGGUCCAACGUAUACUAGCAGCGCCAGUAUUUGCAUCCAGGAUCGUUCAUAGACUUGGACCAAAAGACGACUCGGAAGAAGGAAUUUGGGAGCACAUUCGUUGCAAUACUGGCAGCUCAUGGCAUAUGUCUUGCACUGCUAGAAUGGGCACUGACGCUAACUCUGCAUGCGUUGAUUCGAACUUUCGAGUUUUCGGUCUUGCUGGUUUGCGCCUUGUCGAUUUGAGCAUUUGUCCGUUCGUUCCAAACAACCACACUCAAUCGACCGCAUAUGUGGUAGGGGAGAUCGCUGCUGAAAAAAUGAUUGCGGAAUAUGAUCUGGAUGAAACAUUGCCGUAUGCCAUGCUGUAGAUAUAUCAAGCGGUCUAUUUGAUGACACGGUCAAGACGAAUUCGACUGUCAAUGAACACGGUGCUGAGCUUUACG